CAGUUGAUCGUUUAGAUACUUUGAUGUGCAUUUUUGACAGUUCCGCAGUUUCUUCUCUUCCAGAUCUUUUUAAUCUAUGUCCCAAUGCUGCAGGACGUGUGCUUUCGUAAAGAAUUUUUUUGAAUGUCUGGAAAAUGGCAGAUUCUGAGGUUUUAAAAAGAUUGAAAGAUAUACCAUUUAAAAUCCAAACCGCAAGUUUGAAAGGAAGACGUGAAGUGCUCGAGGAAAUACAGAAUGUUCUUUCUACUCCAGGUAUCACAGAGCCAGCGGUACGAUUUGUGUGCCGUGUGGUUGCAUCCACACUGCACCGAUAUCGAGACUCCACCUCGCAAUCAUAUGUAAAGAGCCUGCUCGCAUACCUGGCCACCAACCAUAGGGAAUGGACAUUACGCAACUUGUUGCCUGUGCUAUUAGAUAUAUCAGAACAACUUAAAAAUACAGCAACUUCUAAGAGCAUAUGUCAAAGUGGUCUGUAUGCACUGCGAUGGUCAACAGUAGUGGUGCAAAAUUCUCUCACAGCCACCGAGGAAGAUGGAGUGGACUACAACUCACUGGUCUUGUCACAAGCAAAUCUAUUGGCAGUUGUUACUGCUUAUGGUGAUAAGAGGAAAAAUGAUAAAGCAUAUUCAAUGCUGCACACUUCAUGGUGCGCCAUCAGCAAGCAGAGGUGGAGCAAGUGGCUGGAGGUGCUGGUGGCGCAGGCAGCCGACUCUGGGCCACAUGUUUGUGUUGCGUUCUCUGCUCUCUGCAGGCACUGUAAACAAGUUGGAGACGAAGACACUAUUGCACAACACAAGAAAAGAAUGUUGGAGAGUUUCAUAAAGAGCCUGAUCAGCGUCAAGUGCCGUCCAAACGCCAACUACAUCAAAGGUUGCUGGGACCUGCUCCACAUAUUAAAUUGCAACGAGGUGCACGAGAACUUAUUGCCGGCGUUACAAAAAGCCAUGUUGCGAAGUCCAGAGACCAUAAUACAAGCAGUCGGCGAAGUCAUGGCCAAUUUGGACGUAGACCUGGACGGGAUCGCCAUUGAUAUUGGAAAGAGCUUGAUUGUGAACCUCCACUCGAAGGACCCGUGGGUGCGCGACGAGGCGCUGGCGGCGCUGAGCCGGCUGGCGCAGCGCUGCUCGUCGGCCGCCGCCGCGCAGGCGCUGCUCGACCACGCCUUCGCCGAGUACAACGGCGCCGGCGGCAAGCUCACCUCGAGCGAGGACAAGAUCGCCGUGCUCAACGGCGUGAGCGCGCUGAGCUCCGUCCGCGUGUCGGCAGAGGAGCGGGAGCAGCUGAGCAGCGCCGCCAGCGCGCAGUGCGCGCGCGUGCUGGACAGCGAGUCGCACGACCGCACGCUGUGCGGCGCCCUGCUCGCGCUGCGCACCUGGGCCCGCCCGCGCCCGCCGCCUCACCUCGCCCACAUACUCAAGGUACGCCCCAAAAACUUGUCAGCCAAGAAUACGUCGCAAGUGGUACGCAUAGCGUACAUGUCACUGCUGUCGCACGUGCUGCGGGAUGCGAAAGCUGAGAGCGGUGAGGCAGCAGAACCCGAGACGGACACGCUGCGACCGCUGCUACUCAGCGCUGUCGACAAAGCAGUCCAGCAGCCACUGCAGCACUUGGUGGUGAGCGAAGGGAUCUGUGCCCUAGCAUCACUGGUGCUGCUAGAUAAAGGCGGGUCGCGCGAACUGCUGUCGCGGGCAGCGCUGUUGCCGAGCCUACUACACGACCGCGUGCUGGCCGCCGCUUCCGAUGACGUCCUAAUACAGGUGGUGUUGCUAUGCAGAACAGUGUUAGAAGACUACCCAAAUGUUGCCAGUGAACAGAACUCGGCAGUGUACAGAGCGUUCAUACUAGUCAUGCUAUCGCCCGUGAAGUCUGUACGGACCACUGCUAUAGAAGAAGUGAAAUCGUUACUCGCCAAAGAAGACAGAGCCUCACUGGCGAGGUAUUUAGUGCUUAAGUUGAACGAAGUGCUGGAGGAGGGCAAGAUCUUCAGCAGUAAGGAGAAGUCGCCGACCGAGGAGAAAGGGAGUGAUGUGACUGGGAAGAUGAUAUUGGAUUGUGUUCAAGCACUGUGUUCAUAUAGAGAUUACCCAGUAGUGGACGCGCAAAGCUUAGCCAUAGACGUGUUGCCGAGCUGCCACCACCCGCUCGUGGUGGCGGUCAACGGCCGCGCAUGGCACAAGCUCGUCUGCUACCUACGUCUCGAGCCCAAGAAACUGGUCGGACAGUAUGCUAAUAACUUGAAGAACACCUACAUCAAUGGAUAUACACCGAAUGAGACGUUGUCAAACGUAGUGUCGACAUUGGUAGCGACGAACGCGGAGGUGAUCGCGGGCAGCGCCAUACAGAUCGCGCUGCAAACGCUGCAGGACGCCGAGCUGCUGCGAGUCACGCGCGAUGAGUACUUCACGUACCUCACACCUGACGGCGAGCUGUACGACAAGAGCUCCGUGCCCGGUAAUGAGGAUAGCAAAGAGAUGAACAUGAAACGUGAGAGCAAAGCGUACAGCUACAAGGACCAGCUCGAGGAACUGCAACUACGGCGCGAGCUCGAGGAGAAGCGGCGCAAGGAAGGAAAAAUUAAAGAGGUGCCGUUAACAGCCAAGCAAAAGGAAGCUAUAAAAGCCCAACUCGCCAAGGAGAGUGCUAUCCGACAGAGACUAAGCGUGCUGAACGCGCGCGUGGUGGUGGCGGUGCGGCUGGUGGCGGCGGUGCAGCGCGGCGCGGCGGGCGCGGUGUGCGCGGCGGCGCGGCGGCUGGUGGGCGCGCUGCUGGCGGCGCUGCGCAGCCCGCUGGCCGCGCCGCUGCUGGCGCCGCUCUACUGCGCGCUGCGGCCCGCGCUGCUGCCGCUGCCCGCGCACCGCGACCUCGGCCGCGCCGUCGCCGUGCUCACGCUCAGACUACACAAGCCCCAGUGCGAUCUCGACCCUAGCUGGGAAGAGGAAGACUUAGAAAAGGCCACCAUCCGCACUAUCAACCUUGUACACACCGCCACAGCCGAGAUCAAGGUCGCCUCGGAAGACGGCACCAGUACUCCUGCACAAAAGGCCAACUACUUCACAGCGCCGGGCUUCUGUUACGUGUUCCCGUUACUAAAAGAAGGUCUAACGGCGCCGGCGACCCGCAAAGAUGAAUCGACGAUGGUGAACGGUUUGUCGGUGAUCGCCCGCCACGCUGCUCUUCGCUCCGACCAUGAAAUGCUGCAGCCCACGCUAUUUCCUAUCGACCACAUGUUUAGACUGCUCAUUGAUCUUAUUAGCAGCACGAGCGGGCGCGUGGCGGCGGCGUGCACGGUGGCGCUGCUGGAGACGGCGCAGUGCGGCGCGCGCGGACUCGUCGCGCCCGCCGACGUCGCCUGCCUGCUCGCCGGCCUGCAGAGCCCGCUCGAGGUGGUACGCGAUGCAGCGUUGCGUGCUCUGUUGUGCGUGGUAGAAUGUCUGCCGGCGUUGCUGGAGGACCCCGAGUACGCCAUGAAUCUCACUAAACGCCUGCUAGUCGCUACCUUCGAUGUUUCCGAUGAUAACAAGAAGCUGGCGAGCGAGCUGUGGGCGCAGCUGCCGCUGGCGCAGGCGUGGAGCCGCGAGCGCGCGCUGCUGGAGCUGCUGCUGGCGGAGGCGCAGCACCCCGCCGAGCCGCUGCAGCGCGCCGCCGCCGCCGCGCUCGCGCACCUGCUGCACGCGCACCACCCCGACGCCGUCCACCACGUGCUGCAGCGCCUGCAGGACAUAUACACAGACAAGCUGCCCCUGAUCCCGGCGCGGCUGGACCAGUUCGGGCACGAGGUGGAGGCGGCGGUGGACGAGUGGGGCGCGCGGCGCGGCGCGGGGCUGGCGCUGCGCGCGCUGGCGCCGCAGCUGGCGCCGGCCGCCGUGGAGGCCGCCAUGCGCUUCUUCGUCGAGCGCGCGCUCGCCGACCGCCACGAGCGCGUGCGCGCCGACAUGCUCGACGCCGCCAUGGCCAUCGUCGACCUGCACGGCAAGGAGACGCUGAGCAGCCAGCUGCCGGUGUUCGAGAACUUCCUGGACCGCGCGCCCAAGUCGGGCGGCUACGACGCCGUGCGGCAGAGCGUGGUGCUGCUGGUGGGGUCGCUGGCGCGGCACCUGGCGCCCGCCGACGCGCGCGUCAAGCCCAUCGCGCUACGCCUCGUCGCCGCGCUCUCCACGCCCAGCCAGCAGGUACAAGAAGCUGUAAGCAACUGCCUGCCGCACCUGGUGACCUCGCCGGCGCUCGAGGAGGAGAUCCCUGUAAUCAUGAACAAGCUUAUGAAGCAACUUCUCACCGCCGAGAAGUAUGGAGACAGAAAGGGCGCCGCGUACGGCAUCGCAGGCAUCAUCAAAGGGCUCGGCAUAUUGUCGCUGAAACAAUUAGACGUGAUGGGCAAACUCACUGAAGCUAUACAGGAGAAGAAGAAUUACAAGUAUCGCGAAGGCGCGCUGUUCGGCUUCGAGAUGCUGUGCUACAAGCUGGGCCGGCUGUUCGAGCCGUACAUCGUGCACGUGCUGCCUCACCUGCUGCUGUGCUUCGGCGACAGCUCGCAGUACGUGCGCGCCGCCGCCGACGACACCGCCAAGCUCAUCAUGAGCAAGCUCAGCGCGCACGGCGUCAAGCUCGUGCUGCCCUCGCUGCUGCAGGCGCUGCAGGACGACAACUGGCGCACCAAGGCCGGGUCGAUCGAGCUGCUGGGCGCGAUGGCGUACUGUGCGCCGAAGCAGCUGUCGUCGUGCCUGCCGUCCAUCGUGCCCAAGCUCAUCGAGGUGCUGAGCGACUCACACAUGCGCGUGCAGCACGCCGGUGCAGAGGCGCUCCGCGUCAUCGGCUCCGUCAUCCGCAAUCCCGAGAUACAGGCGAUCGUGCCGGUGCUGCUGAGCGCGCUGCAGGACCCGUCCAACAAGACGUCGGCGUGCCUGCAGACGCUGCUCGACACCAAGUUCGUGCACUUCAUCGACGCGCCGUCGCUGGCGCUCAUCAUGCCCGUGGUGCAGCGCGCCUUCCUCGACCGCAGCACCGAGACGCGCAAGAUGGCCGCGCAGAUCAUUGGCAACAUGUACUCGCUCACCGACCAGAAGGACCUCAUGCCCUACCUGCCCAACAUCAUACCGGGCCUCAAGAGUUCGCUGCUCGACCCCGUGCCCGAGGUGCGCUCAGUGUCCGCGCGCGCGCUGGGCGCGAUGGUGAAGGGCAUGGGCGAGAGCAGCUUCGAGGAGCUGCUGCCGUGGCUGAUGCACACGCUCACCUCGGAGACCAGCAGCGUCGACCGCUCGGGCGCCGCGCAGGGGCUCUCCGAGGUCGUCGCCGGGCUCGGCGUGCACAAGCUGCACAAGAUCAUGCCAGACAUAAUAGCGACGGCGGAGCGCACGGACAUCGCGCCGCACGUGAAGGACGGCUACAUAAUGAUGUUCAUAUACAUGCCGGGCGCGUUCACGGACGAGUUCACGCCCUACAUCGGGCAGAUCAUCAACCCGAUCCUGAAGGCGCUCGCCGACGAAAACGAGUACGUCCGCGAGACCGCGCUCAAGGCCGGCCAGCGGAUCGUCAACUUGUACGCGGAGUCCGCCAUCAUGCUGCUGCUGCCCGAACUGGAGCGGGGGCUCUUCGACGACAACUGGCGAAUCCGGUACAGCUCCGUGCAACUCCUCGGAGACCUGCUGUACCGCAUUUCGGGCGUCUCCGGCAAGAUGAGCACGGAGACCGCGUCCGAGGACGACAACUUCGGCACCGAGCACUCGCACAAGGCGAUCAUGAACGCGCUGGGCGUGGAGCGCAGGAACAGGGUGCUUGCCGGCCUCUACAUGGGCCGCAGCGAUGUCGCGCUCAUGGUCCGCCAGGCGGCGCUGCACGUCUGGAAGGUGGUAGUAACGAAUACCCCAAAAACACUGCGCGAGAUCCUGCCGACGCUGUUCGGGCUGCUGCUGGGCUGCCUCGCGUCCACCAGCUACGACAAACGGCAAGUCGCCGCGCGCACACUCGGCGACCUCGUCAGAAAGGUCUGUUGAUAUAGAACAGGAGUGGUCAACCGCAGCCAACCGAUCCUGGAGCGCGGGCUUCGGUCGGAGCGCGCCGACCAGCGUUCAGGGAUUCUGCAUCGUUGAUCGGAGAGAUCCUCGCCUCCAUCGCGCGACGCCGUUCUCAGCUUCGCCGACGGAUUCACAAUUUGUGUGCCGACGGUGCGCACGGCGCUGUGCGACCCGCUGGCGGAGGUGCGGCUGGCGGCGGCGCGCACGUUCGACAGCCUGCACGCCACCAUCGGCAACAAGGCGCUCGACGACAUCCUGCCGCACCUGCUGCGGGCGCUCAACGACCCCGACCGCGACCUCGCCGACGCCGCGCUCGACGGCCUCAAGCAAAUAAUGGCGAUCAAGUCGCGCGCGGUGCUGCCGUACCUGGUGCCGGUGCUGACGGUGGGCGGCGGCGGCGCGGGCGGCGUGGACACGCGCGCGCUGUCGGCGCUGGCGGCGGCGGCGGGCGGCGCGCUGGGCCGCCACCUGCCGCGCGUGCUGCCCGCGCUGCUGGCCGCGCUGGUGGCCGCGCGCGGCACGCCGCACGAGCCGCGCGAGCUCGACCACUGCCGCGACGCGCUGCUGCCCGUCGCCGACCCGGCCGGCGUGCGCUGCAUCAUCGACACGCUGCUGGAGGCGUCGCGCGGCGGCGUGGCGGGCGCGGGUGGCGCGGGUGGCGCGGGUGCCGCGGGUGGCCCGGCGGACGAGGCGCGGGCGCGGGCGGCGGCGGCGCUGCUGUGCGCGUUCGUGUCGCACACGCGCGCCGAGCUGGCGCCGCACGUGCCGGCGCUGCUGCGCGGCCUGCUGCUGCUGUUCGCGGCCGACGAGCGCGACGUGCUGCAGAUGGCGUGGGAGGCGCUGGCCGCGCUCACGCGCACGCUCGACCCCGAGCGCCAGAUCCUGCACGUGCAGGACGUGCGCCAGGCCGUGCGCUACGCCGCCGCCGACCUGCGCCAAGACCUGCUGCCCGGCUUCUGUCUGCCCAAGGGCAUAGCACCUAUCCUACCACUGUUCCGUGAGUCUAUCCUGAACGGUCUGCCGGAGGACAAAGAGAACGCGGCGCUGAUGCUGGGCGAGGUGAUCAAGCUGACGUCGCCGGCCGCCAUUCAGCCGUCCGUCGUGCACAUCACCGGCCCGCUCAUCCGCAUCCUCGGCGACCGGUUCAACUGCAACGUGAAGGCCGCCGUGCUGGAGACGCUGGCUGCGUUGUUGUCUAAGGUGGGCGUAAUGCUGAAGCAGUUCCUGCCGCAGCUACAGACGACAUUCCUGAAAGCGCUGAACGACCCGAGCCGGUCGGUGCGGAUCAAGGCGGGCGUGGCGCUGUCGCAGCUCGUGGUGAUCCACACGCGCGCCGACCCGCUGUUCGUCGAGAUGCACAACGGCAUCAAGAACACGGACGACCCCGCCAUCCGCGAGACCAUGCUGCAGGCGCUGCGCAGCAUCAUCACCGGCGGCGGCGACAAGAUGUCGGAGCAGCUCGCGCUCGGCAUCCUCGCCACGCUGACCGGGCCGGCGCUGCUGGCGCACCCCGACGACCCGCCGCGUGGUCCCGUGGGCGGCUGCCUGGGCGCGCUGCUGCACUGCCUGCCGCCCGCGCACCGCGACGCCGCGCUGCUGCACCACGUGCUGGCGCCGCUGCCCUCACCCGCCUCCGACCACGACCACCUGCUGCACCACGGCCGCUCGUGCGCGCUCUUCGUCGCGCUCAAGGAGACGCCGGAUCACGUCUACCGCGACCCCUUCCAGGACAGGGUCGAGCGCGCGCUGCUCGGCUACCUGGCCAGCGAGCGCACGCCCGUCGCCUGCAACGGCAUCCGCGGCAUGGGCUACCUCAUGCGCCACCUGCUGCACACCGACCGCCCCAUCCCGCCCAACAUACUCUCGCAGUUCGUCAGGAGCAUGAACCACCCGAGCAACGAGGUGAAGCAGCUGAUGGCGACCGCGAGCGCGCUGGUGGGGCGCGACGUGCAGCUGGACGGCGAGGCCGGCGAGGCCGGCGAGGGCGGCGGCGGCGGCGGCGGCGAGCUGCUGCGCGCGCUGCUGCCGGCGCUCGUCAACGGCACCAAGGAGAAGAACACCUACGUGCGCGCCAACUCCGAGCUGGCCCUGCGUGCCGUGCUGCGCCUGCCGCACGACGACCACUUCCACCAGCGCUGCCUGUCGCUGCUGGAGGAGGGCGCGCGCGAGGCGCUGGCGGACGUGGUGGCGCGCGUGCUGCGGCGCGCGCACUCGGACGCGCGCGACGAGGACCUCGACUGCACGCUGCUCACCUGAGCACCGGGCUCGCCGCGCCCUCUAUACUACUAUUACUGUAUUUAAUAAAAUUAUUGUAAUACACACC